UGUUUCGGCUGCAUGAGUUGACAACAGUCUGAUUUCCUAACUCGUCAGACGAGAUUUCAGACACUCAUAUGGAUUUGGAGGUGUCUUUGGGCCUGAAAUGCAAAUUGGUGUUUCAGAUCUGAUGACUAAGUGAUGGUGGGCACAGCUGCUUUAGAAACUGAGAUAAAGGAAAGAAGGAAAACAAAUCCAGAAUUGCUAUGUGAAAACCUUGCUGACAUGCAGUGCUGUCAGAACACUUAUAAAGAGCAGAAACCCUAUUCAGUGUCAAUCAGGAUGAAGAUUUAAGCAACAAAUAGUCUUCAACCUUGCUUAAAAAUGUCUCUGUGUGCAUCAUCGCACAAGGACUUCUCUCAGUUGCUGCCACUUCAAGAUAUUGGAUGCAAUAAAACAGAAAUUAAAAACUCACCAGCUGGUAUCGGCUCUCCAGUUCCCUACAGCUGUAAUCAGUCCGUGCUGGCAGUAGAACACAGUCCAGUUUAUAUCCCGUCAUCUUACAUGGAAAGCAGGCAUGAAUAUUCUUCCAUGGCCUUCUGCAGCCCUACUAUGAUGAAUUACAGCCUUCCCAGCAAUUUUGGUGAUUCAGAGAACGCGACUGUGAGGCAAACAUCCAGCCCAAGCGUGUUGUGGUCUGGCCCCGGGCACCUCUCCCCACUGGCACUGCACUGCCAGUCAUCGCUUCUGUACGCGGAGCAGCCAAAGAGCCCGUGGUGCGAAGCAAGACCCGUGGAGCCAGUGCUACCUGGGAACAGAGAGGCGUUAAAGCGAAAAACUAACAGCAAUGACUGUACAAGCCCCGUUGCAAAUAAUCCUGGCUCGAAAAGGGAUGCCCACUUCUGUGCAGUCUGCAGUGACUAUGCUUCAGGAUAUCACUAUGGGGUCUGGUCAUGUGAAGGCUGCAAAGCAUUCUUUAAAAGAAGUAUUCAAGGACAUAACGAUUACAUCUGCCCAGCUACAAAUCAAUGCACAAUAGAUAAAAACAGGCGCAAGAGCUGCCAGGCAUGUCGGCUACGGAAAUGCUAUGAAGUGGGAAUGAUGAAAUGUGGCUCAAGAAGGGAACGUUGUGGGUACCGGAUUUUGCGUCGCCAUCGUAAUUCAGAAGAUCAAGUGCAUUGUAUUGGCAAAGCUAAGAAAUACAGCGAGGCAGCAACCCGCGUUAAGGAGAUCCUCCUCAGCACGGUCAGUCCGGAGCAGUUUGUCUUAACGCUGCUUGAAGCAGAGCCUCCCAACGUGUUGGUGAGUCGGCCCAGCAAGCCCUUCACAGAGGCCUCCAUGAUGAUGUCCCUGACAAAACUGGCAGAUAAAGAGCUGGUUCAUAUGAUUGGUUGGGCCAAAAAGAUUCCUGGUAAGAAUUUCAGUCUUUUUUGUUUAUACUGACCA